AUUAUGGCCUAUGAUCGCUAUGUCGCCGUCUGUAACCCACUAAGAUAUUUACUCAUCAUGAGCCUUACAGUUUGCCUUAAACUACUAUUGGGGUCCUGGAUGUUUGGUUUUAUUAUAAUUGUUAUCCCUACAGUACAGAUAUCCAUGCUUACAUUUUGUGCUAUUGAGAUUGAUCACUAUUACUGUGACUUUGCACCACUGAUUAAGUUGUCCUGCUCUGACACAACGGGCAUCGAGAAGCAGUUUUUUGCUAUUGUAUGUCUAAUAGUAUUGGGAUGUUUUCUGAUUAUUAUUAUAUCUUACAUUAGUAUUAUAAGAACCACAUUUAAAUUUUCCUCCUCGAUGGGAAUACACAAGGCUUUUUCUACAUGUGCAUCUCACCUAAUUGUUGUUCUACUUUUUUAUGGGACCACAAUCUUCAUGUUUGUCCGGCCAAGAGCAGGUGACUUCUUACCCAUAAAUAAAAUACUCUCUGUUAUUCCUUCAAUAGUGACUCCUCUUCUGAAUCCCAUUAUAUAUACCCUACGGAACCAGGAGGUCAAAGAAGCCAUUAAAAAAGUAGCUCAAAGGAUAAGCAAAAUUAGGACAAGCAGAAGCAUUUGUAGUAAACACUGA